AGCUGGUAGAGCACAUAAGCAGCCUGGCACACCUUAAUGCAGUGAACACAAAUAGUCACGUGAAGGUGUGAUCUUUCUCUGUCUCAUUCAGUUCAGUGUCCGAUCGUGCUUUUUGUGAAAAUGCUGCGUGUAGCUGUUGUUCUGGGGCUUCUGUCCGUUUCCUCUGCUCAGUUGUUUCCCGACGGGUGGUUCGGCAGUCAGUUCACCUGUCGACUCUACCAGCAGAGAGACUGCUCAAGAUACACAAAACACGAGGAAUGUGGAACUGAUGGGGUAACGUACGACAACAGAUGUUACUUUACCCAAGCCCGCUGUAAAGACAGCGUCAUCGACGUUGCUUACUACGGUGCCUGUGACAAACGCACCAUCACCGGGGGCCCAGUGCUCUCCGGAGAAGAGGCUGUUCUAGAUUUCUUCUGUCAGGAGCUCUCCCACGAAGACUGUCCCGCUGAUAAAGAUGAAGUCUGUGCAACAGACAGAGUUACCUACGACAACUUCUGUGAAUAUGAGAAGGAGAAAUGCACCCACAGAGAUCUUCACAUCAUAACUUUUGGACAAUGUCCUACAUAAGGAUUUGUGUAUGUACAGGAGUGCGUGCUCAACAUCAGAGACAACACGUGCUGAAACAUACUGUUUGUAACUUCCAACAUGAAAUAAAAUAUCAAAACCCA